GAUAUCCAACAGCAAAAGAGUAGCCACAGGAAAGGCUUAAUCAGCUUUGAUACUAAAUAGGGGCAAGGAUGAGGGUUGAACUUGUAAAUUCUACUUUUGAUUAUAAGAGCCCUGUGAUUACAACAUGGCACCGGAGUGUAUGUUCCUUCCACCCUUUCCACCUUGCUAUUUCUAGGUAAGUUAGGAGCUGACUGACACAAAGGCUUGUUAUGAGAAGAUUUUUGCUCAGUGUUCCAGAGCGGAAUUUUACCCCCGUGAUUAGUUUAUGUCUCAGUAUAUUUGCAUUUUUUAAAUUAUGUAUUGGGAAACGAUUUAUUGCUGUAAAAAUGCAGUCAUUUUUAAGAAUUUUAAAAAAUCAGGAUGUCUUUCUUCUUAAGACAAUGGACUGGAUUAGUCAUUCUUCUGAGAAAUUUAGAUUGCAUUAAUAUAGGGUGACAAGCAUACUCAAGACAUGAAUAUUUUCAGAAGUUUAUUGAACUAUAGCCAGUUCUCAUCAUAAAAUGAUUUUUAAAGUGCUGUGUCUUAUGUUUUAUUUUGGAAUACUAUGUUUUAAAUGAGUGAGAAAUGCUAAAUCAUCCUGACUAAAUAGGAUUUUGAUGAUUUCCCAGAGGAAUUGGAAACUAGGUAAUUUUAUAAUGGAAUUGAAAAAUUCUUCUCAACCAUUCUGGAAGUAAAAAUUGAUAAUGGGUAUGAUUUUAAUUGAUGAGCAGUCAUCUAGUGUGACCUUAGGAAAACUUCACUGUACAUAGGUUGCUGAAAAUUAAUAUGGUUUUUGGUUUAAAAAAUGUAAGCUUAUUAGCAUUUAUGGGAAAUAAUUUGAAAGUGAUUUAAAAAGUGAUUUCUUUACUUUUUUUCCCUUGAAUUCUUUAUUCAGUUUUGAUCAGCUUGCCACAGUAAAAUUGUUAAAUUUUGUGUCUUGAGAUCAAAGAGUACGUGAAUCAUUAUGUCCAUGUGGACAUUGUGUUUUUGUAUUUUAAAGUUCUUGCUGUGACACUGACACAUUACUGCCUUUUCAUUUGUCUGUUUGAAUGGCAGGUGUCUAUUAUGUCUAGAAAGUAGCCAAUGGAAUUAGUGGAUCAAAAAGCCCCACUCUAAGUGAUUAGUAGGAAAACCUACUUAAAAAGUAUUACUGUAUAAUGUGCUGGUCUUCCAUCCUCUGAGGAGUUAGUAGGACUAAAAUAUUUUCAUGAGGAACGUGGCUCUGCAAAAAAUACUUCAGGAUAUUGGGAUAGUAAAACCUGAGUACUUUAUAGCCAAGUGAUUUGGUCUAAAUACCGCUUUUGUUUUCUGACUCUUGUAGUUGACUUCCAUUUAAUUGGAAAUUGUUUUGUGGCUAAAGGAAAAUUGCCUUUUCAGUGUCACAACAUGGCUUUGAGUCAUAAAGGAGGAUGAUAUGCAGUUGAUCCUCACUUUUCACAGGUUCGACGUUUGUGAAUUCUGCUCGCUAGAAUUUAUUUAUAACCCCAAGGUAAUUCCCUGCAGAACCUGUGCAUUUGUUCAUGGACACACGCACUGUGGCGAAAGAUAGGAAGUCUCCUGAUGCGCGUGCUCCAAGCUGAGGUCAAGCAAGACUCCGUUUUUUUUCUAAGAUUGACUUUGCCUCAGCAUCAACAAACUCUUCAUCUAAGAUUGGUUCCUGUGUGUCAUAUAUUUACAAGUCAGUGGAAAUUACAAGUCAGCACAUACAAGCUGAAAAGCCAAAUAAGGAAAUGUAAUCCUUCUCUUGACAGUUCUAAUUUAACUUGGCUAAAGCCAGUUUUUAGGUUGACUUGGGCAGAAAAGUGAAAAGAGAAUGCUCCACUUUAACCGGUGUCCGCAUCUGAAACAAAUAGCCCAGAAAUGUUUUCCUAGUGUACAUGUUAGAACGGAUAAACAUGUGCAGCUGUUUCUUUCAAGAACCUUUGCACUUGCAGAAUUCAGGAAGUCAUGGCACUCAACCCACUCUCUUGUCGGAGACAAAAAUAUUAUCCUGAUGGGACCUCCUGGUGCUGGGAAAACAACAGUAGGCAGAAUAAUAGGUCAGAAACUAGGUUGUUGUGUCAUAGAUGUGGAUGAUGAUAUCCUUGAAAAAACCUGGAAUAUGAGUGUGUCUGAAAAAUUACAGGAUGUUGGUAAUGAGCAAUUUUUAGAAGAGGAAGGAAAAGCUGUGUUAAACUUCUCUGCAUCUGGAAGUGUGAUUUCCCUUACUGGGUCCAAUCCAAUGCAUGAUGCUAGCAUGUGGCAUCUGAAGAAAAAUGGGAUAAUUGUAUACCUGGACGUACCUCUAAUAGAUCUAGUCAGUCGUUUAAAAUUCAUGCAAGUAGAUAGGAUUGUAGGUCAGAAUGCUGGCACAUCUAUGAAAGACUUACUUAAAUUUAGAAGACAGUAUUAUAAGAAAUGGUACGAUACCCGUGUUUUUUGUGAAAGUGGGGCUUCCCCAGAGGAGGUAGCUGACAAAGUGCUUAAUGCAGUUAAAAGAUACCAAGAUGUGGACUCAGAAACGUUCAUUUCAACAAGACACAAUUGGCCUAAAGACUGCGAGCAGAAGGUCUCAACAAAAUUCUUUAGUGAAGCAGUGAUUGAGGGGUUAGCUUCUGAUGGUGGACUCUUCGUUCCUGAGAAGGAGUUUCCAAAAUUAAACUGUAGGGAGUGGAAAAGCCUAGUAGGAGCAACCUACAUAGAAAGAGCACAAAUACUAUUGGAAAAGUGUAUACAUCCUGCUGACAUACCUGCUGCCAGAUUGGGAGAAAUGAUUGAAACUGCUUAUGGGGAAAACUUUGCCUGCUCAAAAAUCGCCCCUGUCAGGCACCUUUCAGGCAACCAGUUCAUCCUGGAGCUGUUCCAUGGACCAACAGGAUCAUUUAAAGAUUUGUCUUUACAGCUUCUGCCUCAUCUGUUUGCACACUGUAUUCCACCAAGCUGCAAUUAUAUGAUACUUGUAGCUACGUCAGGAGACACGGGCAGCGCAGUCUUAAAUGGUUUUAGUCGUAUUAAUAAGAAUCACAAGCAAAGAAUAGCCGUGGCCACAUUUUUCCCUGAAAAUGGAGUAAGUGAUUUUCAAAAAGCACAAAUAAUUGGCAGCCAGAAAGAAAAUGGGUGGGCAGUGGGUGUCAAGUCAGAUUUUGAUUUUUGCCAGACAGCUAUAAAAAGAAUUUUUAAAGAUUCUGACUUUACUGGCUUUCUUAUUAUGGAACAUGGAACUAUCUUAAGUUCAGCUAAUUCCAUCAACUGGGGCCGACUGCUUCCCCAAGUAGUUUAUCAUGCUUCUGCAUAUCUUGAUCUUGUUAGCCAAGGAUUUAUUUCUUUUGGAAGCCCAGUGGAUGUCUGUAUUCCCACAGGAAACUUUGGUAACAUUUUAGCAGCAGUGUAUGCCAAAAUGAUGGGAAUCCCUAUUCGAAAAUUUAUUUGUGCCUCUAAUCAGAACCAUGUUCUGACUGAUUUUAUAAAAACAGGACAUUAUGAUCUGAGGGAAAGAAAAAUAACUCCUACCUUUUCACCAUCAAUAGAUAUUCUUAAAGCUUCAAACCUGGAACGACAUUUACACAUGAUGGCUAAUAAAGAUGGAGGGUUAAUGACGAAAUUAUUUAAUCAACUAGAAGAGCAGCAGCACUUCCAGAUAGACAAGAUGCUAGUCGAGAAACUUCAGCAGGAUUUUGUAGCCGACUGGUGCUCUGAGAGAGAGUGCCUUGCAGCUAUUCAUUCCACCUACAGUACUUCAGGGUAUAUUCUGGAUCCACACACUGCGGUUGCAAAAGUGGUUGCGGACAGAAUGCAAGACAAAACUUGCCCAGUGAUUGUCUCAUCUACAGCUCAUUACUCAAAGUUUGCACCUGCUAUCAUGCAGGCUUUAAAGAUUAAAGAAAUCAACCAUACUUCAUCAAGUCAGCUUUAUUUACUGAGUUCAUACAACGCAUUACCUCCACCUCAUGAAGCUUUAUUAGAAAGAAUGAAGCAGCAAGAGAAGAUGGAGUACCAGGUCUGUGCAGCUGAUGUGGACGUCCUAAAGAAUCAUGUGGAAAAACUAAUACAAAAUCAAUUCAUAUAAAAAUGUUUUGAGUAAAAUAUUUUUUUCUGGUGAUAAGCAUGCGAUAAUAAAUCACAAACAUUGAUUUGGAGUA